UGAGUUAAGUACUCACAAAUCACAAUAUAUAUCAUUCACAUUCACUAAAGAGGAAGAUGAAGUUAUAAAAAAAAAGAAGCCUGGUAUACAGAGGAGAUGGCUUGCAGGGUGCAGAAAAGAAUUUCGCUGCGCAGAAAACUUCACAUUCUCCGAGUCCUUACCUACUCAAACUCUGCCAAGAGAACCUCCCUUGCCAAGAGUACCGUUCUACGCUUAUACAAGCUAAAGCUCGCACUGGAAACUGUCAAAAGACAGUAUGAAAACCUAUUAGCCACCAGAAGAGAGUGCGUUAGGCUAUUGAACCAUGUCAAAGAGAACAAGGAUGUGAAAAUAGAGAAGGUAGGGGCAGGAACUUUUAUGGUGAGGGUCACAUGUGAGAAAGGAGGUGACAAUCUGGUGGCUAUAUUAAAGGCAUUUGAUGAGAUGUGUCUGAAUGUUCAGCAAGCGAGAGUUUCAUGUGAAAAUGGUUUUUCUCUGGAAGCCAUUGCUGUGGCUGAGGACCAAACGCUGGAUGUAAGAGAUAUCACUGAAGUGCUUCUAAAAGCAAUUGGAAAGCAGAGUGGUGAAAAGGACUCGCAGAUGUUUGACAAAUGCUGUGAUUCGUGACUUUUUUUAAGUACUUUAAUUUGUUCAACAUCCUGUGUAUCUCAAACUAGUUAAUACCAAUUUCACGUUAAUCUUUUCUUCUUC